GGAUAUCAUUCAAAAUUUCAUCAGUUGACAGCCAUACUAUAUAAUAGUAAAAAUAAAAUAUUGUGCAUUGAUUUGGCACCAAAAUUACGAACAACUUAAUCAAUAAGAUAUCCAGAAAUCCAAAAUAUCAAAUGGAGGCGUUUGAUGACGACAAACCACAUAUUCUAAGUUUCAACGAAAUAAAAUACGCAGCAGAGAGAAUCGAGGAUGGCAUAAUACAUACUCCACUUUGUGAAGCAAAAAUAAGCAAAUAUAUGGAUUACAACAUUUAUUUAAAGUGCGAGAAUUUACAGUACACUGGAAGUUGCGCUGAACGUGGUAUCAGGAAUUAUAUGAUGGCGAAGCUUGACGAAGUAUCUGGGAGGGGAGUAAUUGUGCCCUCAAAUGGCAAUAUGGCUGUUGCAACGGCCUACCAUGGAGGGAUAUUGGGGUUGCCUGUAACAGUGGUGUUGCCAGAAAGUGCCCCGGCUGCGCACGCACAUCGCUGCUCCGAAUAUGGCGCAGAUAUUGUUCUCCACGGAAAUAAUGUUGAAGACGCGACAAACUUUGCCAAAAAGUCGGCUAAAGAGAGUCAGCAGUUUUUGAUAACUUCAGACGAUCCUCUUGUGAUGGCGGGCCUGGGAACUGUGGGGAUGGAGAUCAUAACACAGCUUCCAGAAACAGAUGCGGUGAUUGUCCCCGUGGCGGCGGGGGGGUUGUUGGCGUCCGUGCUCAUCGCUUGCAAGAAGCUUAAAUGCACCUGUCUUGUUUAUGGAGCAGAAUGUGCGAAAGUACCAAAGAUGAUGAAGGCUCUGCAAGCUGGACAUCCGAUUAUAGUUCCAACCACGCCCAACCUGGCGCAGAACCUUAAUGCGGCUAUCGUAGGAUCGAAUGCAUUUGCUAGUCUGAAAGGUCGUCUGGACAGAAUGCUAGUGGUCGAUGAGUCAUAUAUUGCGAAAGCCAUUAUAACUAUGCUGGAACGUGAACGCUUAGUAGCUGAUGGUGCUGGGGUUUGUGCUCUAGCUGCCGUAAUGCAAGGGCUGGUACCAGAAUUAAGAGGAAAGCGAGCCGUUUGUAUAAUAAGCAGCGGUAAUAUAGAUUCCGGCAGGCUGUCACGAACUAUCCAACGCGGCCUGGGUUCAUCCGGACGGAUGUUGAGGUUCGCGGUAGCAGUUGCCGACCAGCCGACCGGUUUGGAGAAAUUGGCGAAAACUAUCGCCGAAGAGCACACAGUACUAAAGAGUCUUAUUACCGAACAGAUGUGGGUGCAUAGCGACGUUAGCGUUACCUGGGCCAAUGUGGUUGUAGAAACAGCAAAUGAUGAACACACAGCAAAUUUCAAAGAUCGCCUGCGGGAAUUGUAUCCAUUGAUAAGAUUCACCCCUGAUCUUGAAAGACACAAAAGCAGUGUUUAAUAAUUAUUGUUUUGAAGGUUCUUGAAUAAAUAAAUAAACAAAAUAGAUUU